AUGAACAGAGAACAAUUAUCAAAAUUAUUUAAGGGAUUAGACAAAAACAGUGAUGGAAUUUUAGAUUCUGAAGAAUUGUCACAAGCAUUCUCAAGAUCAGGAGGUCCCAAACCAAGUUUGGCAGAGAUUCAUUCAAUGAUUAAACAAGUUGAUACUUCUGGUAAAGGAGUAGUAGGAUUUGAUGAUUUUGUAAAGAUGUGCGAAAAUGUAAAGAGUGGAAGUUUGCCAUCAUCUACGGGUAUUCCAUCGUUGAUUACUGGAGCAUGGGAGGAGCAUUUUGAAGCUGUAAACAAACCAGUUGAAAAGAAUGUACCAAUCUCAAAAUCAAAAAAGGGUAAAGGAGAAGCAUCGCCAGAGGCAGAACAAGGUCAGAAAUAUGCCUUAAAGGGAAAGACUGUUCGCGCUACUUAUAACAAUUUACCAUCAAAAAAGAGUUUAGCUGAUUUACCAUAA